AUGUCAUAUCCACAAUUUGGAUAUCCCUAUUCGUCUGCUCCACAAUUCCUGAUGACAACCAACUCUCUGACCACUUGCUGCGAGUCCACCGGCAGAUCCAUAGCCGACUCCGGAGUAGCGGCGUCCGGGCAGACACCAGUCUACUGUCCCGUGUACGAGAGCCGGCUGCUGGCCACGGCGAGGCAUGAACUCAGCUCAGCCGCCGCGCUGGGCGUGUACGGGAGCCCCUACACCGGCAGUCAAGGCUAUGGGAAUUACGUUACAUACGGCACGGACGCCUCGGCUUUCUACUCUCUGGGCGCAUUCGAUACUAAAGAUGCCACAGCUUCUGCGCAUGCGGGAAUAACCCAGGCAACAGCCUACUAUCCUUAUGAUCCUACCUUGGGACAGUAUCAGUAUGACAGAUAUGGUUCCAUGGAUGGGGGAACACGGCGGAAGAACGCCACGCGUGAGACCACCAGCACGCUGAAGGCCUGGCUGCAGGAGCACAGGAAGAACCCGUACCCGACCAAAGGGGAGAAGAUCAUGCUGGCCAUCAUCACCAAGAUGACCCUGACGCAGGUCUCCACAUGGUUCGCCAACGCCAGGAGGAGGCUCAAGAAGGAGAACAAGAUGACCUGGCCGCCCAGAAACAAGGGCUCAGAGGAGAAGAGAUAUGACGACGAUGAAGAUGGGUCUCAGGAGGAGCAGAUAAAAAGCGAGAACAAUGAGGAUGAGACUAGAAGUCGGCCUGAUAAGGAUCUCCAGUUGAGCGACUUGGACGACUUCGAAACGCUGGAGUCCGAGAGCUCGGAGUGUGAGCUGAAGCAUCGAUACCACAUGAACACACACAUGUCAACGACGGGAGACUGCCCCGCCGAACACCUCAUCAAGGACUCGUCUCUGAAAAUCUCCAUCCCUGUUUCUCUGGGAGGGGAGCAGGACUUGAGCAAAAGUUGUCUCAAAACGAACCCGGAGGAUUUCCCGGUGGACAGCAGACAGCAGGCGAAAGCGUGUUAUAACCAACAACAACAACAACAACAACAACAACAACAACAACAACAACAGCAGCAGCAGCUGCUGCAGGGGCAUCAGAUAUUAGACGGCAAGCCUCGGAUCUGGUCUUUGGCUCAAACUGCGACGUCCCUGAACCAGACUGAAUACCCGUCCUGUAUGCUGAGGUGCCAGCCGCCGCCCUCCUCCCUCACCCCAUCCCCCGCCGCUACCUCACCCGUGACCGGCCUGGACAACAGACAGGACUCGCCGGUCACGACCCUGAGAAACUGGGUGGACGGGGUUUUCCACGAUCCCUUGUUCAGGCACAGCACUUUGAGCCAGGCUCUGACCAACACCACCGUCUCUUGGAGCGCGAACACCAAAGGCGCCAUCUUGGAGACUGAGAGGAGCACGGCGGCCUUGCAGCAGCACCAAGACUCCUCCAAAGACAGUGCCAUGAGUUUCCCAAAAACUAUCAACAAACUUUUCUGCUCCUAA